GGACUUCCGUGCAGCUUUAGAAGUUCUAAGCACAAUGAAUUCAGGCUUAUGGAGUCAAGAAAAAGGGAGUUCAUCCUACUGGGAAGAGCGGAUCUUUUACUUGCUUCUCCAAGAAUGCAGUGUCAUAGACAAGCAGACUCAAAAGCUCUUGAAAGUGCCCAAAGGUAGUAUUGGGCAGUUUUUUCAAGACCGUUCUUCUUUGGGACACUCCAGAAAUAUUCCUUGUAAGGGCAAGAAACUGCAGAUUGGAUUAAAGAUUCUGGAACAACCUCAUGCAAUCCUGUUUGUGGAUGAGAAGGAUGUUAUAGAAAUAAAUGAAAAACUAGCUGAGUUGCUUUUGGCCAUUACUAACUGUGAGGAAAGAUACAGUCUGUUUAAAAGCAAAAGCAGAUUAACUAAAGGCAUCCAAAUAGAUAUUGGCUCACCUGUUAGAGUACAGCUGAGAUCAGGAGAUGAUAAAUUUCCUGGAGUUGUUCGCUUCAGAGGACCCUUAAUGCAAGAAAGGUCCCUAACAGGGAUAUACUUCGGAGUAGAGUUGCUGGAAGAAGGUCGUGGUCAGGGCUUCACUGAUGGACAGUACCAAGGCAAGCAGCUUUUCAGAUGUGAUGAGGAUUGUGGGGUUUUUGUUGCUUUGGACAAACUGGAGCUGGUGGAAGAUGAUGACAAUGAACUGGAAAGUGACUAUGCAGCUCCAGUUGACACAAUGCAGGUAGAACUUCCUCCUCUGGAGAUCAACUCCAGGGUUUCUCUGAAGAUAGGAGAGAGUAUAGAGUAUGGGACAGUUAUAUUCUGUGAUGUCUUACCAGGCAACGAAAGUUUAGGAUACGUUGUUGGAGUGGACAUGGAUAAUCCUAUUGGAAACUGGGAUGGAAGAUAUAAUGGAAUACAGCUGUGCAGUUUUGCAAGUGUUGAAAGUACACUUCUUUUGCAUAUCAAUGAUGUUAUUCCAGAGACUGUGUCACAGGACAGGAGACCUCCCAAGCUUGCCUAUACCUCAAGAGGUGGUAGUGACAAAAGCUUGUUCAAUCAUAGUAAGCCAAAGGCUACAGGAUCUACCUCUGAACCUGGGAAUAGAAACAGAUCUGAAGUCUUCUACACAUUAAAUGGCUCAUCGGUUGACUCUCAGCCUCAAACGAAAGCAAAACCCCCAUGGUAUAUUGAUGAAGUUGCUGAAGACCCUGCAAAAUCACUUACUGAUUCAUCUCCUGGAUUUGGGCAUUCUUCACCACCUCUGCAACCACCUUUAACAAACUCUGUGUCUACAGAAAACAGAUUUCACUCCCUCCCUUUUAGCUUGACAAAAACAUCGAGCACUAAUGGUACUAUUGCACAUACUCCUCUCUCUUUAUCUGUUCAGUCAGUAAUUGGUGAUGUAAAUGCUACAGCUAACCAGGAGAGCCCAACAACAGCAAGCCCAGCUGGGAACUCACAUGGUCUCGAGGCAGGUUCGUUGGCUGAAGUUAAAGAAAAUCCUCCUUUCUAUGGAGUCAUCCGCUGGAUUGGCCAGCCCCCUGGAGUAAAUGAAGUGUUAGCUGGACUGGAACUGGAAGAUGAAUGUGCGGGUUGUACGGAUGGGACGUUUAAAGGAACUCGCUACUUCACUUGUGCUCCGAAAAAAGCUCUUUUUGUUAAACUCAAAAGCUGCAGGCCAGAUUCCAGGUUUGCCUCACUACAGCCUGUUUCCAACCAGAUUGAACGCUGCAACUCUCUAGCCUUUGGAGGUUACUUAAGUGAAGUGGUAGAAGAAAACACUCCUCCAAAAAUGGAAAAAGAAGGUUUAGAGACAAUGAUUGGAAAGAAGAAAGGUAUCCAGGGUCAUUACAACUCCUGUUACUUAGACUCCACCUUAUUCUGCCUUUUUUCUUUUAGCUCUGUUUUGGACACUGUGUUACUCAGACCUAAAGAAAAGAAUGAUGUAGAGUAUUAUAGUGAGACUCAAGAGCUGUUGCGGACAGAGAUUGUGAAUCCUCUGAGAAUAUAUGGAUAUGUAUGUGCUACAAAAAUAAUGAAACUGAGGAAAAUACUUGAAAAAGUUGAGGCUGCAUCGGGAUUCACUUCAGAGGAAAAAGAUCCAGAAGAAUUUUUAAAUAUUUUGUUUCACCAUAUUCUGAGAGUUGAGCCACUAUUGAAAAUAAGAUCAGCAGGUCAGAAAGUACAAGACUGUUACUUCUAUCAAAUUUUUAUGGACAAAAAUGAGAAAGUUGGAGUCCCAACAAUUCAGCAGUUACUAGAGUGGUCAUUCAUCAACAGCAACUUGAAGUUUGCAGAGGCCCCCUCUUGCCUGAUUAUCCAGAUGCCUCGCUUUGGAAAAGAUUUCAAAAUGUUCAACAAAAUUUUUCCCUCCUUGGAACUGAAUAUAACAGACUUACUUGAAGACACUCCCAGGCAGUGUCGUAUAUGUGGAGGACUUGCUAUGUAUGAGUGUAGGGAAUGUUACGAAGAUACUGAUAUUUCUGCAGGGAAAAUCAAGCAGUUCUGCAAAACAUGCAAUACACAGGUUCAUCUUCAUCCCAAGAGACAGAGUCAUAAAUUCAAUCCAUUGUCACUACCUAAAGAUCUGCCAGAUUGGGACUGGCGACACGGAUGCAUCCCAAACCAGAAGAUGGAGUUGUUUGCUGUUCUCUGUAUAGAAACGAGCCACUAUGUGGCUUUUGUUAAAUAUGGGAAGGAUGACUCCGCCUGGCUUUUCUUUGACAGUAUGGCAGAUCGGGAUGGAGGUCAGAAUGGCUUCAACAUUCCACAAGUUACCCCAUGUCCAGAAGUUGGUGAAUACCUGAAGAUGUCUCUAGAAGAAUUGCACUCACUGGAUUCCAGAAAAAUUCAAGGUUGUGCACGAAGACUACUUUGUGAUGCCUACAUGUGCAUGUAUCAAAGUCCAACAAUGAGUUUAUAUAAAUGAACUAUGUCCUCUGGAAAACUGAAGAAACAAUGUAGAGCUGCAUUUUUUGGUUAAAGGAAACCGUUGCUGGCAAUGGAAGCGAUGACAAGGAAGAGCAAAGGAUUACUGUUCCAAAAACUACAUGUGGAGUUCUGUCAUUGAAGUAUUUUGCACUCUAGGAAGUGUGCUUGUGUGUGUUUUGUUUUAUAAACAAAGUAAGGCUAAGUGAAGCUACUGAAACUUAAACCUUUAAGUGCAUUGAUUAUACACAGGCUUUCUUGAAAUGUUAAAGGUGAAAUUAUAUCAGGAGAAACUUCCUUAGUCCAUUAGGAAUGUAA